GAGAGAGAGAGAGAGAGAGAGAGAGAGAGAGUAGCAAGGAACUGCAAAAUCCACCAAGCGUCCCUCAAGCGAGGGUCUCGGUAUUUCUCAGCGAGCGCACCAUUCAGAGGCUUUCCUCUAAAGCGAGACAGAUGGUCCACACCAGUGUUUACACACUGAAGCCGGAGCCUGGCAUGGCGGCGGGGGAGCGACGCCCCCCAGUGGUGGCGGUGCUGACGGGCUCCUCUCUGCCGCCCCACCCCCAGAUGAGCUCGUGCAGCAGCCGGGCGCUCACGCUGCUCUCCUCCGUGUUCGGGGCCUGCGGCCUGCUGCUGGUGGGCGUGGCCGUUUCCACUGACUACUGGCUGCUGAUGGAGGAGGGCAUCGUGCUGCAGCAGAACCAGAGUCUGGAGGUGAAGAUGGCGUUGCACGCAGGCCUGUGGAGGGUCUGCUUCGUGGCAGGAAGUGAGAAGGGGAGGUGUGUCGCUUCGGAGUAUUUCACGGAGCCAGAAAUCGAGAUUACCACAGAAAAUACAGCUAAUAUACUGAAGAUGGUGCGGACAGCUACACCCUUCCCCAUGGUCUCCCUACUCUUCGUCUUCACUGCCUUCGUCAUCAGCAACAUCGGACACAUCCGCCCCCAGCGCACCAUCCUGGCCUUCGUCUCGGGAAUCUUCUUCAUCUUGUCAGGGCUCAGUCUGGUGGUGGGGCUGGUGCUCUACAUCUCCUGCAUUAAUGACGAGGUGAUGAACCGGCCACGGGAGCCUGAGCAGUUCUUCCACUACCACUACGGCUGGUCCUUCGCCUUCGCUGCCAGCUCCUUCCUGCUGAAAGAGGGGGCAGGCGUGAUGUCGGUCUACCUCUUCAUGAAGCGCUACGCCGAGGAGGAGAUGUGCCGGCCGCACCCAGCACUCUAUCGCCCCCGCCUGUCCGAGUGCAGCGACUACAGCGGGCAGUUCCUGCAUCCUGAGUCGUGGCCUCCCACGCAGAGGGGGCGCAGCGCUUCCGAGGUCUCCAGCGACAUCUCCAUUCAGCUCAAUCAGACGACUCCCCCCGCACCCCCACCCAAGAACAAAGCCCAGCAGAGCACAGCCGCCUCCGUGGGCCCUCCUGUCGUUGGCUACCCGCUGCCGCCCGCCUACUCGUCCCAUUCUCACACCCUGCACUCCACCCACACCACCUCCAUCCCUGUCAGCUCCACCCAGACCUUGCCCCUGGCCAUGCCACCCUCCUCAGGGCCCCCGCCCCGGUAUCCCACACAUCUGCGGAUGGGGGCUUCUCCCUGUUAGGGCAGGGCACAGACUGGGGCGUGACAUGGGGGGACAGUGCAAUACAUAAACUCCACAGAGGGGGGAGCAGAGGGGCUUUACUGGUGAGAGGCUGGGAGAAGGGGGGGGGGUUCUGCAUUUAAGAAUACAUUUGCAGAGAUAUUCUGCAGUAAGAGAUGAAAAGUGAAAGUAGAGAAAAUGGCCUCGCAUGGGAAUCACUCUGCAGAACACACACACAGGCAGAAAAGAAAAAUAUGCAUACCAAUCUGUACAUACAGCACUUGAACUGACUGUAGAUGCAGUGUUUUUAUUUCGUAUUAUAAAUGUAUUCCUUUUCAGGUGUAUAUUUAAUUUAUUUUCAUGUUUUUCUUUAAUGACAAUGAUAUCAUUUUUAAAUUUUUCAUUGUGAUAUUAUCAGAUACAGGACCUUCAUCGUUCUUCUGCCCAGAAAAAACACCGUUUCAUUGCGUCACAUUAAUGUUUAUGUUCCAUGACGGCAAAUCCUUUUAACGACGCUUUUCUUACUGACAAGUGUUGUGACACUUCACUGCAGUGCCCCUGCAGUUCAGAACACUACACAGUGAGAAAUUAAGAAAGUGCUAAAAAUCACGAGAAAACACAAAAAUCAUGAGAAAACACAAAAAAUUAAUAAAACACUGAGGAAACACAGAUUGAGAAAAUUUUUAAUUAAUAUUUUCGCAUUUUCUCGUUUUGUAUUUUAUUUAAUUAUUCCUUUAUUUAUUUGCAUUUUCAUAAAUAUUUUUUCUUUUAUUAAGUGCUUUCUUAACUGGUUCUGUUUUGCACUUCUGAACCACCGUAGCGAGUGUCAAACAUCAUUUUCAUAAAAAUGAAAGGCAGCACUGUGUCACAUUCACAUUCAUUCACCCACUCAAAACAUUAAUCAAUAAUCCUCUGUCUCUUGUCAUAAUAUUCACGCCGAUAAUGAUGAUUAGAGGUAUUCAAAGAUCCACAACUGCUUACUUAAUUUAUUGAAAGGAAGAUAUCAUGGGAAUGUAAAGGGAAAGUCAGAAACAUUCAUUUUACAUUGUAAUUAUUGUACUAGUUUAUAUAUCCUUAUAAGCUAAUGAAUAAAUUUACUGUUCAUAGUGAGGAUCUGUCUACAAGGAUGAUCAUGAUGUACAUAUUAAAUAAAUCCUAACAUACUGUAUACUUUACAGAA